UGUCCCGCCGUGUGAAGUACGCCAGCCUGGGGGUGCUGGUGGUGCAGAACGCCUCGCUGGUGCUGAGCAUCCGCUACGUGCGCACGCUGCCCGGGGAGCGCUUCCUGCCCAGCACGGCCGUCGUCGCCGCCGAGGCCAUCAAGGGCUGCGCCUGCCUCCUCCUGCUGCCGCUGCAGCACCGCGGUGGUGGCCACAUCCCCAUGAUGGUGUCCCCAUGGUGGUGGCCACAUCCUUGCUCUUGCUUCCAUCACCCCAUAGCGAUGUCCCCAUGGUGGUGGCCACGUUCCUCACCCCACGGUGGUGGCCAUCUCCUUGUUCCUCACCCCACAGUGGUGGCCACGUCCCCAUGGUGGUGGCCACAUCCUUGCUCUUGCUUCCAUAGCUCCAUAGAGAUGUCCCCAUGGCGUUGGCCACCCCGUGGGGUUGACGAUCCCUUCUCCCCCCCACAGGUGACCUACCAGCUGAAGAUCCUCACCACCGCCCUCUUCUCCGUCCUCCUCUUGGGCACCUCCCUCUCCCGCCUCCAGUGGUUCUCCUUGGCCCUCCUCUUCGCCGGGGUGGCCUUGGUCCAGGCCGAACAAGCCCGAGGUGGGGCCACCUCGGGGUCCAACCCGGAAGGGGGUCCCCCCCAAAGUUACGCCGUGGGUCUGGCCGCCGUGGCCGCUUCCUGCCUCUCCUCGGGCUUCGCCGGCGUCUACUUCGAGAAGCUCUUGAAGACCACGGGGGGUUCCAUCUGGGUCCGCAACGUCCAACUGGGGGCGGUGGGGACGGCGGUGGGGCUGGCGGCCAUGUUGGCCGCCGAAGGCUCGGCGGUGGCCACCUUGGGGUUCUUCUACCCCAUAGCGACGUCCCCAUGGUGGUGGCCACCCCUUAGGGUUGACAAACCCUUCUCCCCACAGGUGACCUACCAGCUGAAGAUCCUCACCACCGCCCUCUUCUCCGUCCUCCUCUUGGGCACCUCCCUCUCCCGCCUCCAGUGGUUCUCCUUGGCCCUCCUCUUCGCCGGGGUGGCCUUGGUCCAGGCCGAACAAGCCCGAGGUGGGGCCACCUCGUCAUGA